AUGAUCGCGCAGGUCUCGCUCACUGGCUCGGAGGCCAUCCCAAGCGUUCAGGACGCGGAGGACACCACCACCUCCAUGGCGAACCUCAAGUUCACGCAAGAGGACGCGAUCAAGCUCAGUUUGUCAGGAGCGGUCCAGUUCAGCGGGCCUCUCCGAGAGGCGUUCUUGGAGCUGGUGCGCGCGUUCAAUUUGUGGGUCAGCCAGCGCGCGGAGGUCGCCAACAUGCUGGUGCAGCAUGCCCUGCUCCUGGCCCUGGAGCGCGAGGAGCACAACCUGGACAGGGCUCUCAACAUCAAGAGCGACGCCGGCGUGAAGAGCAUGUACCUUCAUGCGAUGACGGGCACCGCGCAGGACAUCCACUCCCCGGCGUUCGCCAUCGGUCUCAUGCCAUCCUUCAAGGAGUUCGACAAGCUGGGGCUCCCGGCGACGCUUGCGGAGGGGGCACGCAUGGAGGGGGACAUUCAGGCCUUUAACAGAGUCGCCGGCGACCUGGCCCGCGCGUUCCAGAGCCUGUUCUCGGACGUGACCUUCAAGGCCCGGCAGCGCAAGGUCAUCCGCGCCUUGCUGUGGAAGAUGGCGCCCGACGACACGCGCGACGUGCGCAAGUGGCGUCUCCGGAGCAUCGUGGACCAGAUCAACGGGGAUCCGCCGUCGGAGUACAUGAAGCGCACCAUGUCCAACAAGGCCUACAAGCUGACGCGAGACAUGAAGAAGCUGAUCAAGGAGCACCGCGCGGUCCUGAAACCGCGCAAGUGGGUUGAGCAGCGCGAGGCUUCCCGCUUGGUCGUCGACGCCGCCACCAGGCUGGGGGUGGGCUGGUACGAGGAGGAGAAGGAGGAGAAGGACGUCGUGUGGGACGAGAAGUGGCGCAAAGACCACCCCUGGGAGGUAGUGCGCUACUAUGCGUUCCUGCUGAGGAAGUGCGACAUCCACAAGCUCAAGCUGCGACGCCCCUUUACUCUGGCCCUACGCCCCCACGUGCGGCGCCAGUAUGUGCCCAUCACGCCGGAGGUCCUCCAGGGACUGCUUCGCGCCUGUCGCGCGCGGGUCUCACGCGCUGACUGGGAGGCGCACUUCGGCCCCACCGACAACGACCUCGACCCCCUCGGAAGGGCUGGCCUGGCGGCCUUCAAGGAGCGUGCGGCCAACUUCUGGUGGCCCAAGGUGUUCGUCAUGAAGCGGAAGCUGCGGCGGGAGCGCAGGGACACCACGGUGCCGCGCGGCAAGGUGGCCAAGGGGGACAAGACGAGUGCGCGCGAGAAGAAGACGAAGUCUCGCUUCGAGGAGCCCGCGCACACUCCCGACGACGACCCGCACAGGCGCAUGCGCGGGGCCGGUGGGUGGACGUUCUCCGGGCUGGUGGCGACGGACGGCGUCGGAAUCGACUUCCACUUCAGCAAGAAGCAGCCGCGGCCGACGAAGGCGCCGAAGGUGUCACAGGGACAGAAGGCCGCCGGACAGAGGGGGGCGCAGGAGCCCGCUGGCGGCCCGCUCGAAGGUCAGUGCGUCGUCGGGGUGGAUCUCGGUCGGAUCAACAUCUCCCAGGCGGUCGUCAAGCGCCCGGACGGGGAGUUCAUCGUGCGCCCCGCGUUCUCGGCAGCCCGCUACCACACAGAGAGCGGCCAGAGGCGACGCGCGCGGCGCACGCGGGGCUGGGAGCAGGAACGGGUGGGUAGGGCCGGCGUGUUUCGUCGGGAUCCGAAGUCCGUCGCGUCUCGCACGCGGUCGAAGCCCCUCCCCGCCAAGUUCGCCGAGGUGAUGCAUGGGCUCGCCACGUCCAGUCGCGCCGACAUGGAGAAGGCCGUCAAGGCCUACGGCCCCAUUCGCGACGACAUCUGGCGGCUGCGCACGCAGCUCAAGUGGGCGCGCGAGCGCUUCAGGGCGCACCGGUUGUCGCAAAAGGCGAUCAGCCGCGACCUGCGGGGCGCCAAGAGGUGCUGCGCGCGCGACGGAGACGGCAAAAAGCGCCCGCCUCACCUCAUGGCGUGCGGCGACGCGGCGUUCCCCGGGACCGGCCGGGGAUGCCUGCCCGUCCCGCUUGAGACGGUUCGUCGCAAGACCAAGCUCACCUUCCAGCAGGACUUCAAGGCCGUGGACGAGUACCACACCACCAAGGCCUGCCAUGAGUGCCAUAGGGAGACGGAGGAGGUGUACACGUACGUGGAGAAGCAGCAGGACGCGAGUCAAGGCACCUCUGGAGCGCGCAAGUUUCUUCGCCUCGUGCACGACCUCCGGUGGUGCCCCACCUGCGAGAAGUUGGUGCCGAGGGACGUCAACGCCGCCAAGAACAUGGCGGAGGCGGCCGGUCCGGUCCGCCCGGCCUACCUCUGUCCUCCCGGCGAGGGCGGCGGCGGCGGCGGCGGCGGCGGCGGCGGCGGCGGCGGCGGCGGCGGCGAGGGCCAGCGCAAGGUGCUGCCGUACGAGGAGCCGCGCCAGGCCAAGUCGCGGCGUACGUGA